AUUUCUGCAAAAUAGAGAGACACUGAGUCAAUACCAGAGAGAGACAGAACAAUAACGACAAAGACAAAGAGAAAGAGAGAUAGAUAGAGAGAGAGAGAGAGAGAGAGAGAGAAUUGUCGAACACUUACCUGAAUGGAGCUAAGCAGAAGAUCAACGACGUUCUUGGCGAGAGAGACAAAGGAUUUAGGUUCUUAGGGUUUCUAAUUUUCUUAAGUCUGGUCUUGGGUUUGUCUGGUUUAUUGAUUUAAUCUGGUUUAUAUUCUCUAAUCGGGUCGUAAUCGGGUUAUUUUUUGUUAGUUAAGUUAGUCACUGGUUAAGUUUAUGGUUUAGAGAACACUAACCAACGUUUAACCAGUUUUUGUAGGUAUUAGUUCGGUUUGUGUGGAAACGAGUUUCGAACUUUCAUUGCGUGUGGAAGGGGGUUAUUAUACUUCUGUGGUGUGCAAUUACGACGAGGUUUAAACAUUGUGUACAUUUAUUACUAUACGAUAGUUCUGGUGUGGAAAUAGGUCGUCUUCCCGAUAUUUCAAUAUAGGACUUGUUGUUUUUUCCUUUGUCAACGUAUUGGAUCUCUUUGGUAAGGGCGUAAGAGCACUUCCAAUGGGGGUUCUACCCAUUGUAGUUCUAAAUAUGAAUAUGUGUGUAUGUAUAUAUUAUAUAUAUGUAUGUAGUUGUGGGGUCCACUAAAUAGUGUAGAACCCAUACCCAAAGGUUCUAAACCAAUAUAUACACUAUUUAGUGAACCCCAAAACUAUAUACACAUAUACAAUAUAUACAUACACACAUAUUCAUAUUUAGAACUCCAAUGGGUGGAAACCCCAUUGGAGGUGCUCUAAGAGCAUCAUUAUCGCCGUUCCUUAGUUGGGUUUCUUAAUGUAAUAAGGAUUAAAAGAAAAAGAAAAUUAGAGCAUAAUAGAAGAGACGUUUCUUAAUUAAGGGUCACAAGAAACGUCUCUUGAGUCCUUUCUUCCCCCAUUGAAAUUUGCUUCCUCUCUCUAUAGCCCAUUCAUCCUCGCAAUCUCUUCUCCACUCUAUUGAUUCAUCGCACAAUCUAUGGGUGGGUAGCAUCACGAUGGAUCUGACGGAGUUGUUUGGAAGGUUCGGCUCAUCGCGUUCAAACAGUAAACCCAAUUAUCUUCUCUCUCGCUCACCGUCCACCAUCACCGUCGCCGUCGUUCGGUCAUGUUCAGAACUGUAUCAUAACCUUGCCCGCGAGUCGAAACUAAUGGAGGAGGGACGCCAGAAGGACUUGCAGUUGUUGGAAGAAAUCAUUGAUAAAUGUUUAACACAUAAGCUUUUACAGACUAUUGCUUCACGGGACAAGAUCUUUGAAGAUCAAAAAGCAAUGUAUCCUUUUUGUAUAGGAAAGUCUCUUGCUUCUCAUUUUCUACAUCUCACUAAACUAGUCCUUGUUGUUUUGUUAGUUUCUGCCUUUGACUCUUAGCCCCACUAAAGAUGAACAGUUCAGGUUUUUCACUUGGUAUUGAGUUUCUUGUACUUCGGAGGAGCUGUUCUUGGUUUAGUCAUUCGCAAUACUUUGUUGUUCUAGUGAGUCUUAUUUACACUAGCAAAGUCACUGUGCAUUCUCAUCAAGUAGAAAGUCACUGUGUAGCUCCUUCACAUGUUGAAAGUAUAAAUCUAGAGAAUGUCUUGAGGCAAAGCGAUAAUGGCUUUGUUUGCAGGUUUGAGCCUGAUAUGCUUGCCUUCUCGGGAUGCUAUUAUGGUGGUGGUGAUAAGGAAAGGAGAGAACUUGCAUCAAUCAGAAGGAGAUGGAAAACAUUACAUGUAAUGCCUACUCUGCAUACUCUUCGAGAAUGGCUGCACUAGACUUCCUAGUGUGUGAUGAAAGUGACGUUUUUGUAACCAACAACAAUGGCAAUAUGGCUAAAAUAUUGGCUUGGAGGAGGUACUCAAAACAUCAUCAUCAUCUUCUUCUUCUUUUUUGCUUUCAUGGAGUUGCAAAGUGUUUUAAGUUUUUGGUGAUAUCAAUAAAUUUUAAGUCUAAUAAAAAAAUGUUUCAUAA